AGGGACAAAAUGGAACUGUUUCAAGCGAAAGACGAGUAUAUUCUUCAGAGCGGGGACCGUGCCCUGUGGUGCAGCCGAAAAGAUGGGACCAUGACGGUCAGAGCUGCAACAGACCUGUUGUUGGCCUGGAACCCGGUGUGUUUGGGUUUGGUGGAAGGUGUCAUUGGAAAGAUACAACUUCACACAGACCUUCCGCUUGGCCUCGUAUUAAUCCGCCAGAAAGCCCUAGUUGGACAUCUACCUGGCAACCACAAAGUCUACAAGAUCACCAAGAUAGCUGUCAUUCCCUUAUCUGACGAGGAGCCCCAGGAGCUUGAGCUUGAGGGGAGCUUCAUGGAUGAUGAGACUGAAUAUUAUCAACUUUGCAAGAAGCAUCAUUUUGGAAUCGACAGACCAGAGAAACUGGCCCAGUCUCCCGAUGAGUCAAAGUUCUUGAUGAAAACACUGAGUCAGAUCAAAUCUAAUGUGGCUGUGCCCAUCAAGAAAAAGCUUACAGCUGUUUUCUCUUCCACCUGCCCAAUCCAGUAUUCCCCUGCCUUCCAGGUCAAGGAAAACAAAGAGAAGGAGCGUUUGGAGAAGCGGCUGCUGGAUGACCUCUACAAGAUAUUCAUGGAUUCCGACUCUUUCUACUACAGCAUGACCUAUGACCUUACGAACAGUGUGCAGCGGCAGGGAGACUCCGAGAAUUCCAACCUACCCCUAUGGAAACAGGUGGAUGACCGUUUCUUCUGGAACAAACACAUGAUCCAAGAUCUCAUCGACCUUCAGGUCCCGGAGGUGGACUUCUGGGUGAUACCGAUCAUUCAAGGAUUCGUACAGGUGGAGGAACUGGUGGUGAACUACAACGAGACGUCAGACGAGGAGCGGAGCAGCCCAGAGACCCCGCCGAAGGAGGUCACCUGCGUCGACGACAUCCAUCCUCGCUUCACCGUGGCCCUGAUCUCCAGACGCAGCCGCCACCGAGCAGGGAUGCGCUACAAACGCAGGGGGGUGGAUACAGACGGCCAUGUGGCUAACUAUGUGGAGACGGAGCAGCUGAUCCACGUGCACAGCCACACUCUGUCUUUCGUGCAGACUCGCGGUUCCGUGCCGGUCUUCUGGAGCCAGGUGGGGUAUCGGUACAACCCUCGGCCACGGCUGGAGAAAGGAGAGAAGGAGACCAUGCCUUACUUUGCUGCUCAUUUUGAACAACAGCUGGAACUGUACAAGAAGCAGGUCAUCAUUAACUUGGUGGAUCAAGGUGGCCGGGAGAAGAUCAUCGGCGAUGCAUAUCUAAAGCAGGUCCUGCUUUACAACAACCCGAACCUGACAUACGUUUCGUUUGACUUCCACGAGCAUUGCCGUGGUAUGAAGUUUGAGAACGUGCAAAUACUGACAGAUGCUAUUUUUGACAUCAUCACUGACAUGAAGUGGGCCUGGGUGGACCAAGCGGGCGUCAUCUGUAAGCAGGAAGGAAUCUUUAGAGUCAACUGUAUGGACUGUCUGGACAGGACCAACGUGGUCCAAGCUGCUGUUGCUCGGGUAGUGAUGGAACAGCAGCUGAAGAAACUGGGUGUGAUGCCUCCGGAGCAGCCUCUGCCUCCCAAGUGCUACAGAAUUUAUCAGGUCAUGUGGGCAAACAACGGCGACACCAUCAGCAGACAGUAUGCAGGCACCGCCGCACUCAAGGGAGACUUCACCAGGACUGGGGAGAGAAAACUGGCAGGUGUGAUGAAGGAUGGGGUUAACUCCGCCAACCGCUACUAUUUGAACCGUUUCAGAGAUGCCUACAGACAAUCAGUUAUUGAUCUCAUGAUGGGCCUCCCAGUGACAGAGGAUCUCUACUCUAUAUUCAGUAAGGAGAAGGAGCAUGAAGAAAAGGAGAAGGAGAGCCAAAGAGGAGCCCAGGAGCAGGUCAGCCUCCUGCUGCAAACCUAUAUGCAGCUUCUGCUUCCAGAUGACGAGAAGUUUCAUGGAGGCUGGGCCCUCAUCAAUUGCGACAUGAGUCUUAUUGAUGCAAACAACAAAGAUGUGGAUGUGCUGCUGCUCCUCUCAGACAAAGCUUACUACAUUGCUUACUAUGACGAAGAGGCGGAUAAAGUCAACCAAUACCAGCGCCUCAACUUAGAGGGUUUAGAAAAGAUUGAAAUCGGUCCGGAGCCCACCCUGUUUGGGAAGCCAAAGUUCUGCUGUAUGCGCUUGCACUACAGGAAUGAAGAAACAAGCGGAUACUUCCACACGCUGAGAGCAGCCACACGAAAUCCUGAGGACGACGGGAAGGAUACACUGCAGUGCAUCGCAGAGAUGCUUCAGAUAACCAAACAGGCCUCGGGGCUUGACCUGGUUUUGGUUGAGAAGAAGCUAGAAAGGCGGCAGAGCAAACCUCACGAGGACAUAAUGGGGAUCCAGAACAAACCCGCCGACCAGGUCCAGGGCAGCUCCGGCCUCGCGCAGGGCAAAAGUUUCCUCCUCAACAAGUUCUCCUCUCUCAAUCAAAAAGUGAAGCAGACCAAGACCAACGUGAACAUCGGCCCCUUCAAGCCCCUGGGUAAGCUGGGCAACUUCUCCAAGCCCGACGUGACGGUGAAUUUCCUCAAGCCAACUAUGCACGUGAACCUAUGGAAGUCGGAUAGCAGCCUGGAAACGGCAGAUAAAGACCCCGGCUCUGGAGCCCUAAAAGACAUCGGUGCUGAGAAUUAUGAAAACUCCUCUGACUCAGACUCGUACAACUCGGACCCCGAGCACCCGUGCUCUGGGUCCCUGGAGAAGGUGGACUAUGUGCUGCCCAGCUGCGGCAUUGUAGCGUCCAACUCUCGGCUUGGCAGUCGCUCCCAGUCCAUCGGCAGUGUGGAGCUGAACAUCCCCUCCAUCGUCAGGGUGACCGGUUGCGACGGAAAGCAAGAGAGCCCCCCUCCAAUCGACGACGAGAAGUCGCCCGGGGCCGCCUCAGUCGCCGAAGAAGCCAUUCUGAUUGACUUUGGCACUCCCAUUGAGGCCUACUGCCACCAGUUUAUCCAAGACGCACAGACCAAGCCUGUCGAGGUAUUUGGAGAGCCGCCCCUGGCCGCCGUCAUACCCACGCAGGGCAAGAACCCCGCAGACUCAGACAAACAGCCCGGUUCAGAGCAGCAGAACCCCAACGAGGAGCCCCAGCUCCCCAGGCCAUCUCAGCUAGACGUCCAAACCGCUACCUCCAAUUCCAGCCUCCUCUCUGUCCAGAAGCCCAGCUCCGCAGUCUCCGGGGGCUCUCAGAAGAGUCUGUCCUCACAGCUGGAGGGCAGCCUCGGGCCCUCGCCCGCCGACAGCAACGGCAGCCGAGUGGUGUCCCCUUUUGCCAAGAUCAAGAGUUCCAUGGUCCAGGUGGCCAGCCUGACCCAAGCUGGCCUCACCCAGGGCAUCAACUAUGCUGUUGCAAAGGUACAGAAGAGCCCCGAGCCAGAUACAGUCAGCGAGACCCAAGAGAGUGAGCUGAAGGCAAUGUUUACGCAGUGCCAGACCAGGAUCAUUCAGAUCUAG